UACAAUUUCGUGUUCAUUAACAAUUUAAAGAUCACAUGUGCAUCAGUAACUCGCUCAUAAAGUAGAUAAAACGUAAUUCCAGUCAUUAAAAAAAUGUCCAGGUUUAUUUCUCAAAUUUAUUUUUUCUUGUUGGUGGGUGCAAUUGUGUUAAUUCAGAAUCAAGCGUCAGGGUCACCACCAGGAUCUAACAUCGGACCAGCUCGACCUAGCAAUACCACCGGAAAUGCUCCGCCUCGAGUCCAUCCCAACGACGAAGUCACUGAGGAGGACGUUACAAGUAUAAAUGGUACAUCACGAUAUUGUGCAUAUUGUGGGGGUUAUAACCCCAUUGGGUGCAGUGACUACUGUUACUAUGCUGGAUAUUCGUGUUACGUGUGCAACUCUUGUACUUGUUAUUGUCUACGGUAUCCUUGCUACUGAAAAUAAGUGUUUAAAACCUGUUCCGUGAGCAACACAAUUUAUUAGAUAAAACAAAUUAUUCAUUAAUUACCUACUAAAUAUUUACAUAAACCCGAUACAUUUACAUGUUUGUACGUAUUAUUUAUGUAUAAAUAAACUGGCAUAAUGGUUGUUGGAA